GCCAAUUUGGUUCAAGGUUUACGGUACAGCAUGGCAGCCUCCUUGCCACUCGUGAGAUCAGCUAACGUUACGUUAGCUAGAAUGUUCUUCUAGCGCAUUCAUGUAUCUGUGUUUAAAGGGAAGUUAACUUGUUUUAAAAAGACGCAGUGUGUCUAUUUUUUCCAACGCAGCUUCAUAGGACUCGUGUACAGCGGCGCACAUCAUGGCAGAAGACAGACCAACUAGGAGAUAUCCCCAGAACCUCCAGGGGGUCCUGCAGCUAGCAGUGGAUGUUGGUUCAGCCGCAGAGGGACCUGCCACUGUUGAACCCAUGUCAGAGGAGAGGAAGACAUGGCUGGGAGAUGCUCUUGCAGAAGUCUGUAAAGGCCCGAUGGAUGAAGUGGAGCAGAUAAAGCACUGCUUGGCCGUCUUACGCAAAGAGGGAAGGAGAGAAAGGGAGAGAGAAGGAGAGGAGGAAAGGGAUGAAGAGGAUGAAGAUGAGCGGGAAUCCGCCUUUGAAUUGCUGUCCGAGUUGUGUGAGAACCUGGACAAUGCUAGAGACCUAAUGACUCUUGGUGGACUGGAAUUGUGCCUCUCUCAGUAUCUGUGUCAUGCCCAAAGUGGACUGAGGUGGCGUGCUGCCCAUCUUAUCGCUACCUGUGCCCAGAACAUGUCGCAGGUGCAGGUCCACUUGUUUAGCAUCGGGGCACUGCCAAAACUGCUGCAGCUGACAGACUCGGACCCCCACCCCACCGUCAGAGUGAAAGCCCUUUAUGCUGUGUCGUGUCUGGUUCGAGAGCAGGAGGCAGGACUCCAGGCAUUCUUGUCCCAUGAUGGCUUCUCAAUGCUGAUGCGAGGCAUGCAGUCAGACAACGAGAAGCUCAGAACUAAGUCUGCAUUCCUUCUGCUCAACCUGCUCAUGUCACAUCCUGAAACGAAAGACACCGUUGUCUCCAUGGGUAUGGUACAGCAGCUGGUAUCUGUUCUUCGCACACCACACUCAGAUUUCCAUGAACAUGUGCUUGGCGCCCUUUGCUGUCUGGUGGAAGACUGUCCACAGGGACUCAAAGACUGCAGGAAUCCUGCUUUGGGUCUGGAGGAGUUACUCAGACAGCUAUCCAAAGAGCUCCAAGGAAAAGAAGAAAGCCAGGAAGAACUGGACUUCUGUGAGCGUUUGAGGGUUACUUGUUUCCGCGGGCAGCAGUCGGAUGACAAUGGGAUGGAUCGCUGAAGUCUUAUUUACCUCACCUGUGUUGGUAUCAGUGUGCAAAGAUGUUAACAGAACAUUUAUGAUCUGGAUCGUAGAUGUUAAGCAACGUUUUUGUCUGUUAGGACAGAUGCUGUCCAUAAUUUGCAUGCAAUGCAGGAGCUGGAUUGUACUGUGUAAAUAGCUCUAAUGUAUAAAAGUACUUCUCAAGUCAGCUGCUA